AUGGCCCAUCUUACUUCUUCUUCCAAUCCCUCUUCUAUUCCUGCUUCUCCUAAUUUAUUAUCUUCGUCCAGCCUCUCCACUCUGGUCUCGUCUCUCGUUGCGCCCAGUACUUUUCUGUUCGCCCAACCCGCGACUUCUGCGACUUCUUCGACUUCUGCCGCCACAUACAAUAAUCCCCCGCACACCCAACCGCCGCAACAGGCCCUUGAAACACCGAGACCGACACGAGCAACGUUUGCACAGACAGUCGAUAUGGACAAACCACAGCAGCCGAGCUCGUUCCAGCAGUUGGAGAAGCUUGGUGAAGGUACCUAUGCUACGGUCUUCAAAGGACGCAACCGCCAGACCGGCGAAAUGGUCGCCCUCAAAGAAAUUCAUCUCGACUCCGAAGAAGGCACCCCCUCCACCGCCAUCCGCGAAAUCUCCCUCAUGAAAGAACUCAAACACGAAAGCAUUGUUUCGCUCUACGACGUCAUCCACACUGAAAACAAACUCAUGCUCGUAUUCGAGUACAUGGACAGAGACCUGAAACGAUACAUGGAUACAAAAGGGGAUCACGGCUCUCUGGACUAUGUGACUAUCAAAUCGUUCAUGCACCAACUCAUGCGCGGCAUUGCGUUUUGUCACGAGAACCGGGUAUUGCAUCGUGAUUUGAAACCUCAGAACCUUCUCAUCAAUAAGAAGGGACAGCUCAAACUCGCCGAUUUCGGUCUUGCACGUGCCUUUGGUAUCCCCGUCAACACAUUUUCGAAUGAGGUCGUGACGCUCUGGUAUCGUGCUCCAGACGUUCUGCUCGGAAGUAGGACGUACAACACUAGCAUCGAUAUCUGGUCGGCGGGUUGUAUCAUGGCAGAAAUGUAUACUGGUCGACCACUUUUCCCGGGUACGACGAACGAAGACCAGCUGCAAAAGAUUUUCAGACUCAUGGGCACACCCUCUGAAAGGUCAUGGCCUGGUAUUUCACAAUUUCCCGAAUAUAAGCCCAAUUUCCACGUCUAUGCCACCCAAGAUUUGAGGCUUAUACUACCUCAAAUCGACCAGUUGGGCUUGGAUCUACUUACUCGAAUGCUCCAACUGCGACCGGAGAUGAGAAUCAGCGCGGCCGAUGCGCUGCGACAUCCGUGGUUCAAUGACCUGCCGCAGUUGCAGGCCCAAUUGCAGCAACAUCAGCAGCAGCAGCAGCAGCAUCAGCAACAAACACAGUUACCGGGUUAUGGUGGCAUGGUGACAGCGCAGCAGGGCUAUUAG